CAUGGCUCCCAGCCCCUGGGGCUGUGUGUAUGGCCUCCUGCUGCUGUUGCUGCUGCUGUCCCUGGGGGCUGGCUCUGCCCUGGGCCGGGGCCUUCCCAGACCACUUGAGGACUUGGAACCACACUUGAUCCCAGGAGCCCACCCCAAGGGCCCUGUUGGCACAGAGCCCCAGGCCUUUGACUUCUUCUGGGAGAAGCCCAGAGAUGAGAGCCCCUGGAACUCCAAUGUCCCCCAGGUCCCUGCUGAGGAGGUGCCUGCGAGGCCCACAGACUCCCUUGGCCCAGCCCUGCAUGGACCUAAAGCAUCCCAUGGGGUGCAGAGAGAAGGACUCCCAGUAACUGAUGACCUCCAGGUGGCUCGAGGGCCAAUUUUUCAGGGCUGGACAGGACCUCCCGAAUCACAGGAGUCUAUGGAGCAAGAAGCACCAGCCCCCUAUCCAGUGGGCACCCCCCAUCUCACUUUCAUCCCCACAACUCCCAGACUCCAACUCGGGCUAGCCACAGUUCCCCCCACCCCAGGACAGCCUGGAAGCCAAGUGGGACAGCGACCACCUAGAGAUGAGGGUCUUGUGGCCAAAGCCAAGAUCAGGGUCUCAGAGACAUCCCCCUGGCACCACAAGGGCCCUCCCCACACUCCUGCGCCACGCCCAGGCACUGUCCUGAGGCCAGGGCUGAAAGGACAGGGUGGGAGUGAGGAGGACUUCCAGGAGGCAGCUCAAGGCCCCCUCCUCACUCAGCAGGAGCCAGCAGCCCCUGAUGCUGGCUCAGCAUCACCAGCUGAGGUGGCAUCCUCUCAGGAGCCUGGGUCCCAGCCGGACCUGGCAUUGGCCAGAAGCCUUCCUCCUGCUGAGGAGCUGCCCAUGGAGCUCCCCAAGAAGGCUGGAGGUGGGGAGACCUGGGAAGUCAGUAUUCCGAGUCCCUCACCCAAACAGACUGACCUCCCUGAUGUUAGGGGCUCAUCAGGACCCCAGCCCUCAGGUCUCCCAGCCUCAGAGACUCCUCAUGGGCAGCCCAAGCCAGAGAUAGCAGCAAUGAAUGGAGCAGACCCCAUCUCCCCCCAGCGGGUGAGAGGAGCAGUGGAGGCCCCAGGUACCCCCAAGUCCCUCAUCCCUGGCCCUUCGGACCCUGGCCCAACUACAAACGGAACAGAGAGCCCUGUGGGAGCCCUGCAGCCAGAUGAAGCUGAGGAGUGGCCGGGGCGCCCCCAAAGCCAUCCCCCAGCGCCCCCUGUCCAGGCCCCCUCGACGUCACGCCGGGGCCUCAUUCGGGUCACCACGCAGCGUGCCCUGGGCCAGCCACCCCCUCCGGAGCCCUCCGCCAGCUCCGUGGCAUCAGUCCCAGCCUCCAGUCCCCCGGCCAACGCCACCUCACCCCCCCUGCGCUGGGGUCCCCUGCGGCGGGUGCUGAGCUUUUCCUGGGAGCUGCACGUCUACGGGGUCGGGGUGCUCUUCCUGCUGCCUGCGUUGUUGGCACUGGCCUCGCUGGCAGCCGCCCCUGCGGGGCCCCGGUUGGCACUGGUGGCGGCGGUGCUGGUGCUGGUGGCGUCGGGGCUGCGGUCCGCCUACAUGCUCACCGACCCCUAUGGCUCGCAGGCACGACUGGGUUUACGCGCCGGCCUGGUGCUCUACAAUCUGCCCUUUCCCUUGCUACUCACCGCGCUGGCGGCCCUGACCCUGCUCGGCCUGGGCGCGGGGCUGCCACAGCAGCUGCAGAACCCUCUCCUCCUGGGAGCGCUGGCGUUGGCGCACGGCUUGGGGCUGCUCGCCACAGACCUGCUGUCGGCGAGGCCUGCUUUCAACCUCCUGGCUCAGGGCUUAUCGUGCGCCUGGGGCGCGUCCGUGGCUCUGGGCACGCUCUGCCUGUGCCGUCGCCGCCUGCUGGACGGGCCGAGGGGCUGGGAUGCCAGUCCGGGCCCGAGGCUGCUGGCCGUGGCGGGCGCGCUGGGGCUGCUGGCCAGUGGCUUGCAGCUGGCGGCCGCGCUCUGGCUGUACCCGGGCCCCGGCCGGGUGGGCCACUUCUCGUGGGCCUGGUGGGGCGUCCACUUCUGGCUGCGCCUGCUGGAGCUGACGUGGGCGCUCACCCUGGCGCUGGCCGCUCUGGCCGCCGCGCGGCCCAGGCCGCCCACAGAGCACGCCUGCUGGGCUAAGCUGCUGCGCCUGGCGUGCCCUGCGCCCUCCGGCAAGAGCGAGGUGCCCGAGAGGCCCAACAACUGCUACGCGGGGCCCAGCAGCGUCGGCGCAGGUACCCUGGACAUUAGCAAGAGCCUCAUCCGCAACCCGGCGGAGGGUGGGCCUCCAGCCACGCCCAGUUCAGGCGCCUGGGGUUCGGCUGCGUCGCUGGGCCGCGGUCCGCUGGGUGGCCCAGGACUGUCCCGCAGCAGCAUGGGGCCGGCGCCAUCGAUGAGCGAGCUGGACCUGCGGCCGCCAUCACCCAUCAACCUGAGCCGCAGCAUCGACGCCGCGCUCUUCCGAGAGCACUUGGUGCGAGACAGCAUCUUCCGGCGCUGCGGCCUCCGUGGCCUGGCCUCCCCGCCGCCCGGGGGCGCGCUGCGGCCGCGCCGGGGCAGCCACCCCGACGCCGAGCUAGACGGCGCAGGUUCUUCGCUCCUCCGCGGCCGCAGCCGGUCGCUCAGCGACGUGCGCGUGCGCGGCCCGGUCCCACCACAUGUAGCGGACGAGCCUGAAGGGGCGGCUUCCGGCAGCUCCGUGGACAGCUUCUCACGGGGCUCGCUCAAGAUCAGCUGGAACCCCUGGCGCCACGGGCUGUCGUCGAUGGACAGUCUGCCCCUGGAUGAGCUGCCCAGCACGGUGCAGCUACUGUCUGCCCCAGCUCCUGCCCCGGGGCCCGCCCGGCCCGGGGAGCCCCAGAAUGGGAUCCAGCCUCAAUGCAAGCCCGGAGACUCCCGCAGCGCCUCCAGUGACACCAUCGAGCUCUGAGGGGGUCCAGAAACUCAGAACCAGGGCCCCGCCCUCGAUGGCCCUACCGCGGCAUGACCUUCUGGGAUGCUGAGCAUUUGAAAAACAUUCCGGGAGUAUUCCUGGGCCCCAACUGAUUGCAGCCUCUGGAGACAGCCGGACACGAACCCACCCCCACCCCCAGAUUUUUGUUUUUUAAAAUAUCUCUAUUUUUCAGCGGGUAUUUUGCACAGAGGCCAUGACUUAUGCGGAAUACAGGGUGGACAUGCACGUAUUUGGGAAUGGGGAACAGGGUCCAGGUGCCCUAACAUCCCAUCCAGAGUCUCCAGUGUGAAGAUGAGGCUCGACUGUCCAGACUGUCCUCUUUGUGCCAAAGAAAUAAACCCUUAGGACUUGGCUCAAGCCUCCCUGCGGCCAUGCCAGGAUCUUGUUUAGAGGAUAUGCCCACCCCCAGUGAUUUCAAGUGCUGUGUUUAUUGCGGAGGGGAGGACUUCCAAAGGAAAGGGCCCUCAACCCCUGGAGACUUUAGAAAUAAUGGCUAUCAAUAUUUCAUGGAACAUCUGUCUGCUGUACGCUGUCUUCAGCUUUUCACAUCCAUCACCUUAAUUCUCACAUUAAGCCUGAGUGAGAAGCGUUAUCAUGCCCAUUUUAUAGAUGAGAAGAGUGAAGUUCAGAGAUGAAAGUCAUUUGUCAGGGUCCUUUGGCAAAUGAUAGCUGGUACUGAACUGAGAAAGUUCCACUCCUAAGCCUGGUUCCUCCAUCCCAUCUCCCUUCUCUUUACACUACUUCAGGGCCAACCCUCUCCUUUGUCCUCCUUCUACUGCUCCUCC